AUGGUUAAGAAAGCAGCUUGUAUGCUGCUGAGCACAAGUAAAGGCACUUUAGGAUUAAGCAAAGUGGUGCGCAGGGAUCACCAGCCAUCAGAUCACCAACCAGUGAAAGAUGGUAUUGUUGUGCUUGCAGAAAAAUAUGGCAACUUGUAUAAUAUUCGUUUUGGAUAUCAGAAAUUCACAAUCCUGACUGGUUAUGAGACAACGAAGGAUGCAUUGAUUGACCAGGCCAAUACAUUCACUGAAAGAUAUGUUACACCAAUCAAUGAAGCAAGCAGUGAAAAACUCGGUAUUGUUUUCUCAGAAGGUGAAUUGUGGAGACAAAUGCGCAGAUUCACAUUAACAACUCUACGUCAUUUUGGAAUGGGCAAGAAAUCAAUUGAAGAGAAAAUCAUUGAAGAAGCGGGAUUCCUGGUCAAUGUAUUCAAAUCUUACAAUGGUCAGCCUAUCCAACCUCAAAAUACUCUGGACACAGCUACUGCUAAUAUCAUUGCUGUUCUGUUGUUUCAACAACGCUUUGAUUAUGAAGAUGAAUCCCUCAGGAGAUUCUUGACAAUUUUGCACCAAAUGCAAAAGGACAAAUCAAGUCCAAUGGUUGAGAUGAUUAAUGCACUGCCCUUUCUGAAAUUUCUACCUGGACGCCACAAGGGAGUCAUAGAUCAAACAAAGGAAUUGAUGGCAUUUUUGAUUCCUAUAAUUGCAAAGAUUCGUAAGCAGCUGAAUGAAAAUAACGUGACAAACUACACUGAGGCAUUUCUGGUCAAACAGAAAGAGGAAGCAGGGAAUCCGGAUUCCUUUUUCCAUGAGAAAAAUAUGGUCAAGUUGAUCACUGAACUGUUUGCUGCUGGGACAGAAACCACGUCCACCACCCUUCGCUGGGGUCUGCUAUUCAUGAUGAAAUACCCAGAGAUUCAGAAGAGAGUGCAGGAAGAAAUUGAUCGGGAGAUUGGAACCGAGCGUCCCCCCAGAAUGGAAGAUCAGCAAAGGUUGCCCUACACCAACGCUGUGAUAUAUGAGAUUAUGAGGUUUGCCAAUGUCGCUACAAUGAUUACUCGUGACAAUAUCGCUGACACACACCUCAGGGGAUAUUUUAUUCCCAAGAGAAGUCACAUCAUAAUUGUGCUUUCGUCAGUUCUACGGGAUAAAACUUACUGGGAGAAGCCGGAUGAAUUCAACCCGUCCCACUUUCUGAACUCUGAGGGGAGACUUGUUAAGAGAGAGGCUUUCAUGCCUUUCGGUGCAGGCUCUAGGGUUUGUGCUGGGCAGAGUCUGGCCAAGAUGGAGCUCUUCCUGUUUUUCACAACUUUGCUGCAGAAGCUUAAGUUCCAGGCACCGGCGGAUGUGACAGACCUGGACCUCACGCCUAUUCAUGCACAAAUAUAUUUUCCCAAACCCUAUAAGCUCUGUGCUAUAUCCCGGGAAUAGGAAGUCCAGCAAACGAUUAGACCGCUCCGAUAUUGUGCAUCCGGGAACAGUCCUCCUGAAGAUAAUUGCUUCCAUAUAAUUAGAGCUCAUUUAGUGCUAUGAGACCAAGAGAUUUCUACAUCUAAAUGUUUCAGUCCUUUGCAGGAUAGGAUGUGAGGAAACAACCAUCAUAUGUCCCUUUGGAUACUGUAAAACCUGAUCUCAUGCCAGUGGGAGAUUUACAUUCAACUAAUGAAGCUGCAAUCAUCCUGACAUUUAAAGAGAUGGUUUUAUAUCUUGGUUAGAAUAACUGAGCAAGGAAUUCCAUCUGAAAACUUGCUACUGUAGCCAUGAGGUCUCAGCUCCAAACUGGGGAGAAUUUCUCACUGUAAUUGCAACAGUGGAUUUUCCAAAUC